ACCUCACACGACGUAACGGCAUCCAUGUUUCACUUUUUAUAUUUUCCCUACAAUCUGGACUUUAAUAAGAUAUUGGGAAGGAAACGAGUUCGAGCAUGCGCACUAGCCAAGUUAAUUUCAGCCCAUAGCAUCGAAUGCCGUGUUUGUUUAUUUACCUUUUAUUGUGAACUGAUAAUCGUAGAUACCACAACACGAUUUUUCAUAUAAAUUAGACACCAGAUAUUUUAAAGUGCUUUCAAAAUGGGGAAAAAACAGCACCAAAAAGAUAAAAUGUAUUUAACAGCUACAGAAUGGAGUCAGUUCUAUGGAGGGAAAAAACAGACUGCCAAUACUGCUGGAGCUGAGUUCAGGCGACUUCCAUUUGAUCAUUGUGCACUUUCACUGCAACCAUUUGAACACCCAUUGUGUACACCUGAAGGAGUUGUUUAUGAUCUUAUGCAUAUUAUACCCUUUCUCAAGAAAUACCACAUUGAUCCAGCAACUGGGAAGCCCCUGGAUUCAAAGACCUUAAUUAAACUAAAUUUUACGAAAAAUUCUGAUGGAUUUUACCAUUGUCCAGUCUUGUUUAAAGUUUUUAAUGAAAACUCCCACAUUGUUGCCAUUAAAACUACAGGCAAUGUAUUCUCCUAUGAGGCUAUUGAUCAACUAAAUCUGAAAACAAAGAAUUUCAAAGAUCUUAUUACAGAUGUACCAUUUACAAGAAAUGAUAUCAUUACAAUUCAGGAUCCAUCAAAUCUGGAGAAGUUCAACUUUAACAACUUCCACCAUGUAAAAAAUAAGCUAUCUGUGUCUGAAGAAAAUGGAGAAAAAGAUGCAGAUUCUUAUCACAAUUUAAAAAGCGUAAAUUCUGUCACUAGAGAUGUUUUAGAAGAAUUGAAAAGGGAAUCUGCUAAUAAAGCUUCAGAAAAGAAAACAGAGGAGAAAGUGAAAGCUGAUAAAUAUAAUGCUGCACACUAUUCCACUGGUGCUGUCGCUGCUAGUAGUACCUCCACUGCUGUUGAACCAUCUACAUUUCAUGAAGCUGCUGUCCUGGAUGAUAACACUGUACGAUAUGCCAGAGUUAAGAAGAAGGGUUAUGCUCAAAUGAUAACAAAUUUAGGACCCUUAAAUUUGGAACUGCAUUGUGAGAUUGCUCCCAAAGCUUGUGACAAUUUUAUUAAAUUAUGCAAAACUGGAUACUAUGACAACACUAUUUUUCAUAGAUCAAUUAAAAAUUUUAUGAUACAAGGCGGUGAUCCAACUGGAACUGGUAAUGGUGGAGAAUCAAUUUGGAAGAAAACUUUCAAAGAUGAAUUUGCCCCCCACCUAAGUCAUCAAGGUCGAGGAAUCCUUAGCAUGGCAAACUCUGGACCAAAUACAAAUAAGUCCCAAUUCUUCAUUACAUAUCGUUCAUGUCAACAUCUGGAUAAGAAGCAUACAAUAUUUGGAAAAGUUGUGGGUGGACUGGAUACUCUUAAUAGAAUGGAAAAAAUUCUGACAGACAAAGAAGAUAAGCCUGUAGAAAAAAUAGAAAUCUUAAAAGUGCAAAUAUUUGUUGAUCCUUUUCAAGAGAUAGAUGAUCUUCUAGCUAGACUAAGGGAAGAGGAGAAGAAAGAAUCUGAAAAAUCAAUCAUAGCCAAGAAAGAACCAAGCACUAAAAAACUGAAAGUAUAUCAUCAAGGGGUUGGGAAAUAUAUUGAUGCAUCACAAGUCUUGAACACCAAAAAUGAUAGUGUAUCAGAUGUAAAAAAGAAAAAGAAUGUAUCUGGUAAAUUUGAUUUUAGUAAGUGGUGAUAUAUAUUCAAACAAUUGUUGUAUAUAUUUUUGUAAAAUAAAUAUUUUUUCUUAAA